AUGCUGCGCGAAAUCGAUUGCUCCGUCACAGUUCCGUAUUGGGAGUCGGCUGAGGAGGCGAAUAAUGCGUUGGCAAGCGAUUUGUGGAACAAAGAUGAUCAUGGCUUUGGUGGAAAUGGUACUGGGUCAUCGAAUUGCGUUCAAGAUGGACCAUUUAGGGCCGAAGUAUGGUCAGUUAUUGAGAGUGCUGGUGGAGGCUGCUUGAAGAGGAAUUUUAACGGCCGUUUUCCCGAUUGCAUCGCCAUCAUGGAAGCACUGCUGGAAUUUUCGAACGCAACCAGUUUCGAAGAUUUUGAAUAUUUCUUGCAUCGAGAAUUCCACGAUGCUGUGCAUUGCGCGAUUGGCGGACAAAUGUGUACCGAAGAUUCCGCAUCAUCCCCGGAGUUCUUCCUUCACCAUGCUUUUGUGGACAAACUUUGGUCAGAUUGGCAGAGGCAAGGUUCGGAACACACGAAGAACGAGCAUUUCACAUCGCAGACCGUCGCGAUGCCCGCCUCGAGUUACUUGUCGAAAGAUCUUUUGGACCUCAGCAAACAACCCGAUUGUGUGUGCGUGAAGUAUCGUGAUCCUGACGACGAAAUCUACCAGACCCUUUUGGCAUUCUCGAAGAAACAAAUAGAAGACAUGCCGAGAGUGAAAUUACCCCCUUACCCAGAACAUGCGAGAAAAUUGUUCGGAGUCACCGACAAGGAUUUACAAAGAAUGGAGAAAAUCAGAUCAUUUUUACAGCCCGUGAACGUGCUGCGCGAAGAUGAGUUGACUGGUCAGGAUCGGGUGCUGGGGUUCAAGAAAGAAGAUUUAGCCAAGGAGUGGGCAAGAACCGUUGGACUUGAAAGAUCAAGAAAGAACAGAAGAGACAAAGAAAGCGACGAAUUUUAACUCUGCAUGCAAAUACAGAAAUAAUCUUAGUUUCAAACAAAAUCAUGUCAGCUGUGAAACUUAGCUGAUACACACACAUACAUGAUAGUAAUAGGUAUAA